AUUUAUGAAGGCAAAUAGUAAAGAACCAACGCCUCAGUCGCCCCUUAGCCCAGGGAGGAGGAGGCACGGACCCGCCAUUACCGCCCCAAACAUUACGAUAAUUCGCCGCCCACGCUCGGCCGCGGCCAUUAAUUUCUCCGUACGAGGUCCGGAAAAAAUCAGACAAAGUGUCGAGAAUGCGCGAGUACAAGAUUGUGGUGCUGGGCUCGGGUGGUGUGGGCAAGUCAGCACUGACGGUACAGUUCGUGCAGGGGAUCUUUGUGGAGAAGUAUGACCCCACCAUCGAAGACUCCUACAGGAAACAGGUGGAGGUGGACGGACAACAGUGCAUGCUGGAGAUUCUGGACACUGCCGGCACUGAACAAUUCACCGCCAUGCGUGACCUGUACAUGAAGAACGGCCAAGGCUUCGUCCUGGUGUACAGCAUCACCGCACAGAGCACCUUCAACGACCUGCAGGACCUGCGCGAACAGAUCCUCAGAGUGAAGGAUACCGAGGAUGUCCCGAUGAUCCUGGUGGGCAACAAGUGUGACCUGGAGGAUGAGCGUGUCGUCGGCAAGGACCAGGGGCUGAACCUCGCCAAGUCCUUCUCCUGUGCCUUCCUGGAGUCCUCCGCCAAGGCAAAGAUCAAUGUCAACGAGAUCUUCUAUGACCUGGUCCGGCAGAUCAACCGCAAGUCCCCCGAGAACAAGACGCCAAUGAAGCGCAAGCACUGCACUUUGUUAUAAGGAUCAGCGCGUCGGCGGCCCUCGGAGCCAAGGGGGAGGAGGCCUAGUGUCAGGGGAAGAGAAGGGGAAGGAUAUACAAGGUUUUGAUCUUGCUGGAAGACAUUUCAAAAGACUGUGUUAAGUGUUGAGGUCAGGGAAGGGAUAGAGGCUCCGAUUCUCCUUGGGGCCACCGGAAGUCCUGUUUGAAAAGGUAUUUGAGUCUUAAGGGAAGGGAGGGAGGGUUAGGUCUUGCUUCAGAGGGGUUUUGAUCCUUCUCUGCCUCAAACUGUUAUGCCAAGGGAAGGGAUAGAGGUUUUGAUCCUCCUUGGAGCCAUUGGAAAUCCUGUUUGAAAAGGUGUUUGAGUCUUAAAGGAAGGGAGGGAGGUCUUGCUUCAGAGGGGUUUUGAUCCUUCUUAGCCUCAAACUGUUACACCAAGGGAAGGGAUAGAGGUUUUAAUUCUGCUUGGAGCCAUUCAAAAACAGUGUUAAAGGAAGGGAGGGAGGCUUUAAUCCUUCUUAACCUGUUACUGUUAUGCCAAGGGAAGGGGAGGGGAGGAAAGGAAAGGAAGGGAAGUCUUGCAUAUCUACAGGGAUGAAGGAAGGGAGGGAAUUUUGGGUGAAUUUUGAUUCCUUUUUGAAGCCGUAGGGAAAGUCUUGCAUCUGUAGUCAUGGGAUGGGAGUCUACAGCCCUUCAAGCUCCAGGGAACGUCUUACUAACUGGCCAAGCCGUAGGAGAAGUCUUAGGAAGGGGAGGGAAUUUUGUCCUUUUUGAAGCCAUAGAGAAAACCUUACAUCCGUUAGUCAUGGGAAGGGAGUCUACAGCCCUUCAAGCUCCAGGGAAUGUCUUACUAACUGGCCAAGCUGUAGGAGAAGUCUUAGGAAGGGGAGGGAAUUUUGAGCCUUUUUAAAACCAUAGAGAAAACUUGCAUCUUUUGACCAAGGGAAGGGAGAGUCCAGCCCUUUUAAGCUCUAGGGAAGGUCUCGUUAGUCUGAUAGGUAUUCAUUUGGCUUCAGUAACGGCUAACAGACAAGGCUUCAAUAGCUAGUGAUUCAGUAAUGGUGUGUGUGUUAAGAAAUCAUUUGGCUUGAGUACAGGUUAACAGAUCAAGGCUUCAGUGGCUAAUGAUUCAGUAAUGGUGUGUGUUAAGAAAUCAUUUGGCUUGAGUACAGGUUAACAGACCAAGGCUUCAAUGGCUAAUGAUUCAGUAAUGGUGUGUGUUAAGAAAUCAUUUGGCUUGAGUACAGGUUAACAGAUCAAGGCUUCAAUGGCUAAUGAUUCAGUAAGUAUGUGUUAAGAAAUCAUUUGGGUUCAGUACAGGUUAAGAGAUCAAGGUUUCACAAUGGCUGGUGGUUUAGUGAAGGUCAUAUUCCGGCCCUGGUGAUGUUGGCAUAACUUUGUAACCUCCUAGGCUUUGGCAAUGGGUGGUCAUAUUCCGGCUCUGGUGAUGUUGGCAUAACUUUGUAACCUCCUAAGGCUUUGGCAAUGGGUGGUCAUAUUCCGGCUCUGGUGAUGUUGGCAUAACUUUGUAACCUCCUAAGACUUGGGGAAUAGCUAAUGGUUCAGUAAGGGGCUUAUUCAGGCUCGGGGGGAGGGAAGGGAGGCUGUGUGUGUGUGUGUGUGUGUGUGUGUGUGUGCUGACAUUGGCAUAACUUUUGUAAACUUUAUUUUUUUAUUUCUUCUUAGUCUCUUCAUGAUGCAGAAACUUUGUACUACUACUACUACUACUACUACUACUACUACUACUACUACUACUACUACUAUCUAGAUAUAUGAAGUAAAAAAAAACAAAAAACCCAAUUUCCAAAGUUAUGCUAGUCUAUUUUUUGCACAAAAUUACGAUGAUGGAAACUCUAUUACUACUAUGUGUUAUAACAAAAUAAUAAUAAUGAUAAUAAUAAUAAUGAUGUUAUCUUUCUAAGCGCGAGAGAAAAAGAGAGAGAAAGAGAGAGAGACGUUUUUUCCGUGUUCCCAUCCCUGUAUAUUUAAAUGUAUCGGGACUUCCGUUCGUCUGUUUCAAAAGCCUCUCGUUGAAGAAGUUCCCGCAGUUUUCAUGGACUGUUUCGUGAUGCUGGUGAUAGCUUGACAUGACCUCUGCAUCUCGAACGGUCAAAUCACCAAUGAAAACCCGGUUAAUCUUCUCCGUGGCCUUGGGAAACUGUUGUAAUGGGAGCCCGAUACAUUUACAAGUACGUAGCUUUGUUGUGAUGUUCGCAAACACACACAGAAGAAGGGGGUUUGUACGAGGUUGAAACAUGACUGGAAAUCCUUUAACUUUUACGUCAUUCAUUUUGCAUUACCGAUAAGUCUUUUGUACCUUCCGUAAGUAGCUGUAGUUUACGAUAGCCAGUGUAAUUAUGACUUUCCGCGCACAAGAUUCUUUAUGAGUGACCCCAAGAGGAACACACACACGUGAUAACACAACUGAAUGUGCAGACAGACAGACCAGAGAGACAGACACACACACACAUACAAUGUCAAUCCAGCCCACACAAGACCCCAACAGAGAGCCCAGCAGAACCUUAGACAAGACUGGAGACCCCCCAAACAUACCCUAAGGAGUCUGCAAGAACCCUGUUACCUUAUACAAGACUGGAGACCCCAAACAUACCCUAAGGAGUCUGCAAGAACCUGGUUACCUUAUACAAGACUGGAGACCCCAACAGACCCCAAACCUACCCUGAGGAGUCUGCAAGAAGCCUGUUACCUUAUACAAGACUGGAGACCCCAACAGACCCCAAACCUACCCUGAGGAGUCUGCAAGAAGCCUGUUACCUUAGACAAGACUGGAGACCUCAAACAAACCCCAAACCUACCCUGAGGAGUCUGCAAGAAGCCUGUUACCUUAGACAAGACUGGAGUGCUGAAACAGACCCCAAACCUACCCUGAGGAGUCUGCAAGAAGCCUGUUACCUUAGACAAGACUGGAGACCUCAAACAGACCCCAAAUAGACCUCAACAGAACCUAAGGAGUCUUCAUAAGGCCAGUCCAGCUUACAAAUGACAACUCCUGUACUCCAAACUGCACUGAAACCUCCUAAUCCACAUGACUCAAGGCCUCAAGAUGUGACUGUGUGUGUGUGUGUGUGUGUGUGUGUGUGUGUGUGUGUGUGUGUGUGUGUGUGUGUGUGUGUGUGUGGCUGUACUGAAUCCUCGCACACUUAUAUGCACUUUCCAAACACUUCCUAAUGAUCUUCCUGAACUGGGUGACCUUACAAGUGGAGAGAGAGGGAGAGAGAGAGAGUAGACUUGGGCGUGUUAGCCAGUCCAUUCCUGCUAUUAACACUGUAAACUUUAUACUAUACAAGACUCCAAAUCUACCCUAAGGAGUUUGCAAGAAGCCUGUUCCCUUAGACAAGACUGGAGUGCCCAACAGACCCCAAACCUACCCUAAGGAGUCUGCAAGAAGCCUGUUACCUUAGAUAAGACUGGAGCGCCCAACAGACCCCAAACCUACCCUUAGGAGUCUGCAAGAAGCCUGUUACCUUAGAUAAGACUGGAGACCCCAACAGACCCCAAACCUACCCUUAGGAGUCUGCAAGAAGCCUGUUACCUUAGAUAAGACUGGAGACCCCAAACCUACCCUAAGGAGUCUGCAAGAAGCCUGUUACCUUAGACAAGACUGGAGUGCCCAACAGACCCCAAACAGACCCUCUGGAGAACAGAAGCUUGAAAUAUUUGCUACACUAUUGAACUCAAAUAAAGAAGGGAAGAAAGAACGUAAAUACAAUACUGAACCCAAGUGAAGAAAUUAAGAAAGCUGAUAUAUUAAUAGAUAUCAAAGACAGUACGAAUGCUAUGUUAUGAAACUAAGCUAAGGAAAAGUAGUCUAGUAUGAAAAUGGGCCAGAAUACAAUAUGAAAUGGGGUUAAGGAAACAGGCAACAGAAGAAUAUGAAGAAGAAAAUAACACCAUAUGGAAAAGGGAUCAAGCUAGCAAAACCAAAGAAUACAGUACGAAAAGGAGGAUGAAGCUUAUGAAGAUGGAGAAUUCAACAACCUUCGCAGAUCUUUAGAGAAUACGAAAAGCAAUCUGACACUACAGCAAAGGGAUCAAGCCAGCAAAACCCAAGAACAAAGUAUGAAAAGGAGGAUCACGUUUACAAAGACAGAGAAUUUAACAACCUUCGCAGAUCUUUAGAGAAUACGAAAAGCAAUCCAACACUACAAAAAGGGAUCAAGCCAGCAGCGAAACCAAAGAAUACACCACGAAAAAGGGAGAUUGAGUUUACAGACAAAACGUAAUAUGGCAACCUUAACAGAUCUUUCAAAUUUCCCGACAUAAUUCACCAUAGUUUUCCCGAGCAGGUUUUUACGUCUGUUCUGCCCCUAUGAGUACGAGAACUAGACAGUCGUAGUUGAGAUGGUAUGAUGGACAGACUGGCAAACACGCCCUAGUACCCCCUGGCUUAUCGAGAGGAGAAGGAGACGAAAGUGAUGAAGAAGGAACAGCUUACGAAGGAGAAAAUGAUUAAUAUGAAGAACUUUUAAAAGGAGAAGAAGAGAGUGACAAAAGAAGGAGGAACAGUUCAAGAAGGAGAAAGUGACAAAUGGGAACGUUUUAAAAGUCGAACGCAAGCAUUUUCGACAUGAAGAAAGAAAGACCUCUAGUACGCCCUUGUAUAUCGAGAGGAGAAGAAAAUGACAGAGGAAAGUUUAAGCAGAAGAAAAUGUCGAAGAGGAGGAGCGGAAAGUCUCGAACACGCCGACGUACAUACGUAAACAAACAUUUUUCAACCUCAAGAACGAACGAGGAAGAGAAAGAUAUUGAUAUUCUGCCGUGGUUUGUUUUUCCCUCUCAAAUCAUCGUCAUCAUCAGUCAUUGUUUUCCACGUAAUUCAGUGUCGCGCGUCUCGCCGGGCAAGUUUGAUGUGGUGUCGUCGUAUAUAAAAAUGUGCUAACAGUCGUAUAUAUAUAUAUUAAAAAAAAAAAACCCGACUUAUGCUAACUCUAUUUUUUCUCUCUAUCUUUGCUGUCGAUCAUAACAAAACAAAAAAUCGCCCCAGAAAAACCCGAAAAAAAAUACAUCUAUCGACCCUAAACCGGCGCCUCGAGACCAAGGAGGAAGGUGGGAGGGAGGGCUGAAAUGUGUGUGUGUGUAUAUACGUAAUCCAUAUCACCUUGUUCUUGUAUAUAAUUUAACAUGGUAUGCAGUUGUCAUCGUCAUUGCCAUACAUAUAUUUUUCCCAGAAGGGGCGAUGUGAGGCGUCUUUUUGCGAGUGUGUGUGUGUGUGUGCGUGUGUGUGUGUGAGACCUUCGUUUUUCACCACAUGGGAUGAUUCCUAAUACAACAACUGCAUUUAUAUGGCCCAAUACGUAUAGUCUCGGGCAGAAAUGGUGGUUCGGCGCGCUCGGAAUUCCCUGUGACUGUAGCUUGCUGGAACUAAUCGCUCGAUAUCUCUAGCAUCCCUCGCUCUGCCUCGCUCUAAAUUGAACACAAGGUAGAUGGAUCCUCGCUCUACCCCUUGCUUUAAUCCCCAUCCCUUUAGACCUAACUCACUGUGGCUGUUGUGUCUUUGUGUGUGGGAAGUGACCUCUAACUCUGCUCUCCUCUGCUCUCUUUCCCUUCCUUCUUAUUCCUCUGUUUCUAGUUCAUCCCUUCUCUCUCCCUCCAAAUUCAUCUCUCUCUUUCCCUUCCCUUUCUUCUUAUUCCACUGUUUCUCUCAUUUUCUGUUGCCUUGCUAGUUCAUCCCUUCUCUUGCCUUUUCUCCCUCCCACUCCACUUCCCUUACAUUUCUCCUCCCUUCUCUCCCUUCCAUUUCCUCUUCCUCCUUCCCUUCCAAUUUAUCUCUCCCCCUUCCUUCCCUCCUAGUUUAUCUCCCACUCCCUUCCUCUUGCUUCCUGGCCCUUGCAAAAUAAGUCUACAGUUUGACAUGGAGUGCAGGGAAGGGCGGACCACUAUCCCUGUCCGAGUCUGUACCAUCGCCUUGUGUUACGCCUACUACCACUACUACUACUACAAUGUCUAUCCUUGCAUCAGACUACAUACAUACUACCGUCAUGUGCGCGUGUGUGUGUGUGUGUUUGUGUGUGUGUAAGUGAUGGAUCAUAAUGCAAUUCAGUGCUUCAUAAUAUCAUUGCUAUGUACGUACCAAUGACACUUUGGAAUAUUUCUUACUACAUAUGAAUAGUAUAUAUAUAACAUUGUUUUCUACUGCGCCCAACGUGUCGCUCCUUAUGUACUAUAGAACUUGAACUUGUCGGAAAAGAAACUGCCCUUAGGAGGAGGAAAAAUAUUGGUUUUGGACGUGUUUUUGCUCCUUAUGUACUAUAGAACUUGUCGGAACAUAAACUGCCCUUAGGAGGAAAAAAAUAUUGGUUUCGGUCGUGUUUUUCCGGAGACUAGUUUUAAUAAUUAUUCUCGUGAUUUAUUAUGCAUUUUUAACUUUAUUAUUAUUACUAUUACUACUCUAGGGUCGUCUUAAGAUGAGAACUGCCACGGCUAGUAAUCCCUAAGACUAUUAGCGGCUUUAUACACUCUAUUGGAGAAAGCUUUACUGUUUGUUUUUCAGUCUGAGGAAAUUAUUAAAUAUAUAUCGUGUACAUUGUU